AUGAAAGCCUCGCUAGGCAUUCUGCUCGGUGGAGCUGUUCAUGCUCUGGCUCUGGCUGCGAAUCAAUCCUCAUGGUCAUCAGUUAACGUGCUAGGUGAAAACCUCGAGCCACGCGAUAAACCCUGCACAGGAACCGCAUAUGGCACGACAGACGGAAAUUGCUGGAAAAGAUGCGGGCCUACGAAAAAGGGAAACUGGUGUUGGCUGGCGACCAAGGGAGGGACAGGGGAUAAAAUCUCUAUCAAAACCGUGCCCAUUGGCAAGAAGGAAGAUGAGAAAAUCUGCCUUGACAACGAUGCCGACUGCUUGAGCUGCGAUGUUUUCGGUCUAAAUACAUAA